CCCGCACAGUGACGUUACAUUGAGUUGCGCAACAGCUGGAUAAACAGCAGGUGCAGAGAUGGAAGAAUCAUAUAGCUAUGCUUGUGAUUUUCUUCACGUCCGUAUUUCUUUUCUUCCCCAUUGUACUAUCUCAAAAACCGGCCAGUGAUUCAGGUAUUUGCCAUUAUGUUUUGCAUGUUGAAAACGAUGGUCCCGUUACUCUAGAUGUACCUGUUACUAUAUCAGCGAAAUUAGAUUGCGCGUCGAAUGAAGAUGAAUACUUCUAUAUAUUCGAAGAUGACAUUCAGCGAACUGUCCAGAUUCCUGGGCAGGGCAGCGCAGAAGCUGUAUUCAUUUUUACAGAUGAUCCAGGGACUCGAAUGGUGACUGUAUUAGUAUUUCAAUUAUCUCCAUCUCCAAAAAGAGUAGCGGCAGGAAAUACUUUUUUUAACGUUUUUGAAUAUAUACCUGGAUCACUACAUUUCUCUAGUGCCGUGAUAAACCGAAAUAACCAUCUUAUUGUUACUACUGGGGAAAGGACGAACAUAAGCCUUGAAGUGCAAUAUCCUACAAGAGUUUUAAAAGACAGUGAAUUUUCAUAUUCUUGGAGCAUCGAAGAAACAAGAUUCACCACAACUGUACCUUACAAAAUCCAUGUAUUUAAUGAGACUGGCACUCAAUUAAUAAGAGGUGCAGUAGUUGCUCGCGUCCCAUCUUAUGACGGCACAAACAGCUCUCAUUUUAAAUGGGGAUAUUUUGAUGGAGAAUUAAUAGCAAAAGAUCCAUUUACCAACUUUAAUAUAUCUGGGAAUACUUACCUUCAACAUGGACAGCUAUUGGAUUUAGACAUUACAUGUAAUGGAAGCGGCCCCGUAGACUAUUGCUGGAAAAUACUCCCACCAAAGGAAAAUGAAACAAAUUUGUCUUGCAUCGAGCCUGUGUCUGCCAAUGAAUGUUCUUUUCCUAUCAUUUACUACUUCCACGAAUCUGGUGAUUAUAUGCUCGCUAUUUACGUGGAUAAUUUAGUCUCUUCUGUGCAAAGGAAUAUUGAAAUUCACAUAUAUGACGUGUCACUGAGACCUCAGUUAUCAACAGUUAUUAUACCAGUUGUCUGCACCGUACUUGUCGUACUAAUAAUAGCAGGAGCUGUAGUCGUCCAUUUACGCCGGCAAACCAGUUACGAUGUCGAAACAGCAGACUUCGACUUUAUGACACCAGAUGAGCCUAAUGUGAUUGCCAUUGAAACAUCAUGGGAAAUAAUGCGCCGUUCAUUGCUUCAACUUCUGCAAAUGCGAAGUUUUUACUGUACGUCAGAUGGAGCAACACUUACGAAUUAUGGAACCAUUUUGAGAACGCAGGAGGAAAUUAAUACUAAUAGCGCUCCGCUGAAUGAAUAAAAAUGUAAAUGCUACAUUGUUUUUACUUCCUUGUUUUUUAUUUAUGAAAUGCACUGUUUCCAGUUUUAUUGGGAUCAUCACCCUCUCGUUUGAAUUAAUUUUUGAAAAGUUUGUGUAGGUAUACAUUUAUAUAACUUAAAUGAUAUAUUUUUAUUAGUUAUGUAAAUAAUUAUAUUAAAAACAAUCGAUUUAUUUAACUUAUUUUUCGAAAAUUUAGUAAUGCAAAUAAUAAGCAUCGCAUAUUGCAUAUGAGUGCAAAUAAUAACAUCGAAUUUGUUUUUAGUAAAAGAUAGAUUCACAUGCGUCAUAUGAUUGUAAUAAUAAUAGUAAUGAUAAAUUAUCAUUGAAAUAAUAAUAAUAAUAAUGUUUCAGUAUCUACAGACAAUUAAACGAAUAAGCUUGAUAUGGCAUUAAUAGCUUAUCACUAUUAUGAUUAAGAUUUAUCGAUAGAAUUCAUAAAUCACCACUGCUUGUUUUAUAAUAUUUUAGUAAAAUUUUUGUGAAUGUUGCUCUUUUGAACCCUAAAGCCUUCUGCAUUAUAAUGUUGCCUAAAACAUAUUGUGUAAUUCAACUCUCAUUAUGAAAAAUUUUGUAUAAAAAAUCAUUAUAAAACAUUCUGAAAAAGUAUAAUUUUUUUAAAAUUUAUUUACUUCAGAACUAGGACUUAAUGAAAUUAGUUGUCAAUAAAUCUUUUUUAUAUUGUUA